UUUUUCUCAUUUCCUCUUCUUCUUUUCUCUUAAUUUUUGCACCCCUGAUUAGGAAAUUUUGUGUAAUUUGUAGAAAUAACCAAGUGUAUACAAAGGAACUAUUUGCUGUUGGUAGCUGAGGCUACUUCCUGAGGUGUACUCCGCCUGUUUACACACAUGUGAAAAACACGUGGAUUUGAGGGUAGUCUUGUUUGCGGAUGCCAAAAGCAAAAAAGAAGAAUGGUGCUGAAGUCCGCAUGGGCAUAAUCGAUAGUGUAAUUGGCAAAUUAUUUUUCUCCUCCUACACAAGACUUCAAGAAAUCAUUCAGAAGGAUGUUGUUCAGAUGUUUGAAGAAGAGUGCAGAUGGGGUGAGGAACUGCUGGAAGAAGUGAAGCAGGAGUUCACUAGCCCUGUCAGCAAAAUCAACUUGUUGCCAAAGACACCCUCUGCUAAGCGUAAGAAAAAACGUAUCCAGAGGGAACCAGACAUUGAAGAAAAUGAAGAACCAGUUGAUAUUACAGAGAGUGUGCCCAGUGUAAAUGAAACUGAUGCCAACAUACUGGCAUAUGAAACGCCCCCACAACAUGGCUAUCGCACCAGGGCAACCUCCAGGACCGCCCAGACAAAGAGGACAACACGGAUGCAGACAAGGAAAAAGGCCAAGUUUUCCGAAAAUGCAGCAAAGGAGGAAAUACCAGCCAAGGAAGAUAGUGCACCACCGGUUUUCAAUUUUAACCAAAGUACAGAAAUUUCAUCCAAAUCUGAUAAUGUUACACCUAAUGUACUUUUACAAGGAGGGGUUUCUAAAGGUCAGUCACUGGUGUCACAUGUCUUUAGUCCACCAGUCGGAAAACCUGGGAAAGGUCAUGUUAAGGAGAAGGUUCACGCUUAUGAGGAGUAUAUUGAACAUAGCAGUCCAUCGUCUAGACAUGUUAUGAAUCAGAGCUCUGUACCAGACACACCAGAACAGAGAGAAACAGUAUCUUCGUCAAGUGAAAGUUGUCGAGAGACGCCAGAAUCUUCUCGUAGUAAACGACCAAGUGUUCGUAAAUCCUUGAAAUCGAAGACUGCAUUACGAAAAAGUCUACUGAAGAGUUCCCAGAUCCCAUUAAACCCCAGUCUUCUAAACCGGACUCAUGAUAAAGAGACCCCAAAAAAGAACAAACUGAAGCUGAGGAAGAAGGCAACAGAGGUUCAAAACAAUCAGGAUGCUGAGAAGAAUACAUGUCCUGUAGAUUCAGAUGAUGUAGAGAGUUCAUCUAAAGAGAAAUCUGAUGGACAGAAAUUUGAUUCAGAUGAAGGAAAUUUAGCUGUGGAUAGUUGUGAGUUAGUGCAAACAGUCACUGUUGUUAACAAUGAACCAGAACCUUCUGCAGAGAGUGAGCUUGAAACUGAAAUGAAAGGAAGUGUACAUGAACAGGUUCAAACAGUUGAACAGAUGCAGACAGAAGUUGAACAAGAACCAGACCUUGGGAAAGUGGAACAGUCUCCGGAGGAGAAGCAGGAUGUCUCUAUGCACAACACUGAGGAUGAACCUUUGACCUGUCCACAUCAGGAGCCUGAGAAUUCUGAACACACCGAGGACACAGAAAUGAAAGACUGUGAGACUGUUCGGUCAGCAGAAGUGAAGGGGAGUCAGAGUGAUGGAGACGAGAAACAGGACACUGGAAGAAUCGUUCACAGCAACAAGGAGAAGUCCACUGAAGAGGAUUCAGAUGAGGAGGUAGCUCUGAUUUCUGAAGAUGAGGAGCCCCAGCCUUCUGCUGUUUGUAAACAGAAAACGGACUCCGUCACGCAGGCUGAUGAUGAGAGCGAAGAGGAGAAACAGCAGUCUCGAUCCAGCAAGCGGACCAAGCAGAGAAACCCACCCAAACCUGAGAAAUCAGAGUCGGAGAGUGAUACUGAAGUGUAUCCUCCCAAGAGAUCAAGAACCAAAACUAGGAAAGUCCUGGAAAAUGAAAUGGUGGAAGCCACGAAGCCGGUGCGACAGAGUUCUAGAACGAAGCAGAGAAAACAAGAAGGGACCUCAGUGUCGUCUGCAGCUGGGUCGGACUCGAACAGCGAGGUCGAUUCUGGACAUGGAAGUCUAAACAGUGGAUCCUCGAGAAGCACCAGGUCCAAAAUGAGGAAGCAGACGGAGAGCAUAGUUGUCUCAGAUGGAGAUUCCAAGUUUGCUGUCCCAGAAAAUCCUGCUCCUAAAUCAAGAACAACCUCUAAAAAGAGAACUUUGGAGACAGAUAGUGAGGAUGAUAUCAACACGUCGCUCUCCAAGAAAUCAAAGAGGGAAAGUGAUGAAGAUUCAGAGAUGACACCGGAUACUCAGAAUAAUCCUCAGGUGACACCGGAUACCCAGAAUAACCUUCAGGUGACUCCGGAUACCCAGAAUUAUCACACCAGUGUUAAGAAAGGUGUUGACACAGAUGAUGAACAUGAUGAAAGAAACAGUCAAAGUGAAGAUGAGCCACCGGAUACCAUCCGACAUCAAGCACAGAUUGUGAAACCAGUGUCUUUCCGAAACAACCUAUGCAACAAAGUGGUUCGACCGGCCGGACUGAACGUGAGCGGGAUUAAAUCCUUUCUGCAUCAGAACACCCCACCCACCAAAUUCUCCAUCAAAGAACGACAAGAGCAGAGGAAGAGAGAGCUGGAAGAGAAAAAGAGGAAAGAGGCGGAGAUAUUGCAGAAGAGAGAGUGGGAGAAGAAGAAAAAGAUAGAGGAACUCCGAAAGAAGCGGGAGGAGAGAAUGAGAAGAGUGAACGAGCGGAGGGAACAGGCCAAUCGAGAGGACAUGGAAUCCAAAAACAGAAUGAUUCGGACCAUAGAGGAAAAAAGCAAACAGGCAGAUGACCUCAAGGAGGAGAAACUGAAAGAGGAACAGGAGAGACAAAGGCUAAGGUUUAAAAAGAUGGAGGAAGCGGAGGAAAGACGACGACAGGAAGAGGAAGAGAGAACACGAAAACUCCGGGAACAGGAGGACAUGGAGCAGAGAAAUAUCGAGUUCAUGCAGAGGAAGAAGGAAUUUGAGGAGCAGGAGAGACUGAAAAAGAAAGCAGAGGAAAGGAGGAAGUUUGAGGAGAGGAUGGCCGAGUUUGAGCGGGAGAGAGUAGCGGAACACGAGAGAUUGAAGAAGAUCGAGGAAGAGAAAAUCCGAGAAAGACAGAAACUUAGAGAGGAGAGAGAGAGGCAGCUGGCAAAGGAGAGGGCAGAGAGAGAAAGGCUUGAUAUGGAGAAACGAAAACAGAAGGACCUGGAGCUGAAACAGAAGAUGGAGAAAAUCAAGGAAUUGGAGAAGAAGCGCAUGCUGGAAGAAGAGAAACGCAGGCAGGAACUGAAGGAGCGCGAGAGAGCCAUACAGUCUAUAGUAAAUAAACACAACAUGGCUGCCCAUACUGUCAUCACGGGAUUACCAAAGCCCAAUCUCAAUUCCACGCUGACUGUCGAACAACCAAUCAACAGCCAGGAGAAAAUGCCCAAUCCAGACUCAUAUGAAAUGACGCCAGCUAAGACCUGUUUUCCGAAAAAGGUCUCUCUAGAAAGUUACGAUAUAUCUGAUCUGCAUUCAGACGACUCCACUGAUGAAGACGAGGCUCCGAAAAAGAAAGUCCCAACUUGGGCCCUAGGGGCAUCUCUAAAGGCUGCAUUAAUUCAACAACACUAUCAUCCACCGGAUUUGAAUACUCUGUUCACAGAGAUUGAGCCACCUGAUCUCAAUGAACUGUUUGUCAAGAAAAAAGCUCGAUUCAACAAGAGGACAAGUUCUGCUAUAUGGAAUUCACCGAUUCUCAAGCCUGGCUUAAAUUAAAGAACUCUAGUGUUGACUCGAUAGAAAUCUUUAUUUAAAUUGACAAUGCAUCUCUGGUUGCAUUCAGAUUUGAUGAAGCUUGCAGUAGAGUGAGUGGUUUUAUUUCACCUGUAAUGUGCGCACCAGAAUGUUCACGGACAGCACACCUGUGCUAGGAUAACUUGUGUGCUAUAGUUCACGUGCUGCCGCUAUAAGGUUUACGUGAGAGUGAUUUUAUUUCUGUGAGGCAUUCUCAUGUAAGUGAUUUCUACUUAACUGUGUCGUAUCUCAUCUCACUGUACAGUUUAUGCAUCAGUCUUCGGUUUGUCAUCAUAUUUUCAUUGACAAGAAUUUUUUAGAUAUGAAAAAGGGAUAAUUAGAACUAACUAAUUAAGAUUAUAGCACCAGAUAUGUUUUCUCUCUCACUCGCCUUUCUCCCUGCUCUUUCUUUCUCCUCUACAAUAAAUUAUGUGAGAAUUCUUUAAUUUGUUUGAAAAUGUCAAAUGAUGGUGUUGCAAAAUCUACUAAAUUUAUUUCUAAGUAUUGUUGUGUAUAAACUUACUCGUAUUGCUUUCCAACUUCUAUCAUUAUGAUUAAGUCAGACUUAUUUUGUGCAUAAGACCACACAAUUGAACAUUGGUUUUUGUUUAACACAUUGUACACAAAUGCAUAUAACAAAUUAAGACUAGAAAAUAUUAAUGAAAAUUAAAUUCCAUGUUGAUUUUCAUCAUAUGAUGCAUGGAAUCCUGUGUAGAUACAGUAUAUUUAAGGAGAUCAUUGAUAAUUUUAUAUAUUGUGGACAGUGUUUCCUAUUAAAUACGUUUAAUAUUAA